AUGAAAUCCAUACACACGGCGGUCCGAGAGCAGUUUAGUCAGCAUGCAAACUAUUAUGCGCAGAGCAGCGCGCAUGCCACCGGAGAUACCUUAAACGUUAUCUUGGAUUUUGCCGAGCCGAACGGGACAGAACGGACACUGGAUAUUGCGACAGGAACGGGAUUCACUGCUUUUACGCUCGCCCCGAAGGUCGCAUACAUGAUUGCUGCCGACCUGACACCCGAGAUGGUCGCCAAGGCAGCUGAACUUGCGCAGGAAAAAUCCCCUAAAAAACGUCGCUUUUUCCGUUGCCGCCGCGGAGUCCUUACCCUUUGCGGAUGGCUCGUUAGAUUUGGUGACGUGCCGGAUUGCCCCGCAUCAUUUCCAAGAUGUCCCUGCCUUCUUGCGCGAGGUGCAUCGGGUUUUACGGACAGAUGGGCUCUUCUGUAUGGUGGAUUCUGUCUCGCCUGA